AUGGACAAGCGCCGCCGCCUACAUGAAGGCGGCGUGAAGAAGGCCAUUACGGGCGCAACCAAAAGACCCUCGGGUACGCACAGCUUCAGGGCCCGCAUCGAGCGCUUCAGACCUAGCCCCCCGCCGCGCGAGCCCACGCCGCUGCCUGAGACCACACCCACCGAGACCUUCUUCAGGACGCUCGAGCGCGAGCUGGACGCCCGGCGUGCGGCCGCGAAGUAUGGCGACGUCGACGCCGGCGCCCCGAGGAACAGCAGCAGCCCCCCUCUGGCGCCGGCCAACCUCGCGGAUGUGACGAAGCUGGAAUUCUUGGCGGCAGCCACGUACGGAGGCAGGGCCCGCGUCCUGGAGACGCGGUCGAUGAAUAAGAUCAACGAGGCACACGCCGCGAUCCUGGCCAAGCUGGACGGUCUGAAAGAGAGCGACAAGAAGUGGGCCGCUGCCGUCCGCGAGCACCAGAAGUGGACCGUCACGCCGCUGUCUACCAUCAAGCUCGACCUCGGCCCCCAGAGUCAGCCGGUCAGGCUGGGCAACAUGGCCAAGGACCUCGACGCCAAGCUAGAAAAGACCAUGCACGAAGUCUCCAAGCUCUAG